UAGGUUAUCUCUCCCUAAUAUGUGUUUUUUUGGCACUAAUGAGCGCUUCCGAGUCCAAGAGAUCGGAAAGGCAAGCGGAUAGAAUAAAAGCUAGAAUAAACCUGCCGUUUUCUCCAACUGGAGCUGGCUUGAUCCCUCCCAACGUAGGAGCGCAAAUCAACGCAGGUCUGUUCGGAGCGCCAUAUGGAAGACAAACCCCAAGACCCAAUCUGCCAGUGGCUCCUGCGCCCGGCGUGGGAGGACAAACUCCCAGACCAGACCUUCCCGUCGCCCCCGUACCAUUUGGUCCUUCGGGACUCUCCUUUAGCGGUUCUUUCGGCACUUCGGGACCAGCUGUUACCGUAGGACUGGAUGGUAUAUCUUUGGAGCAGUUGAUCAAUGAGGAAUGGUCGACUUUCAAGUUAACGUACAACAAAACGUACCCCUCCCAAGAAAUCGAGAACUUCAGGAGGGAAAUCUUCAUCGAAAACAGAGGCAACAUCGCCAGAUUCAACCGAGAGUACGGCCAGGGCAAAAGAAGUUUUGUUCAACAAUUGAAUCCCUACGGAGAUCAGCUUUUCCAUGAGUUCAACAACAAUCUUAACGGUUACAACAGGAGUCUACCUGAUGGUAGACCUCGCCUUCCAUUUCCAAAUGGAAGUACCUUUAUCCCCAGUGCUAACGUCAUUCUUCCCGGCAAUAUGGAUUGGAGACAGGUUGGGGCAGUUUCUCCCGUUAGAAGUCAAGGAAUGUGCGCCGGAUGCUGGGCCUUUGCUGCAGCUGGAGCUUUAGAAGGGCACAACUUCAGAAAGACUGGUUCGUUGGUGGAACUGAGCCCGCAAAAUUUGAUCGACUGCACCGAGGGAGGAAACAACGGCUGUAAAGGGGGAAACGUGAAUCCCGCUUACGACUACGUCAAAAAUAAUCCAGGCAUCGACACCGAGCCAUCGUACCCGUACGAAGCAAAGGAUGGGCCUUGCCGCUUUAAACCGGAAACCGUCGGUGGAGUAUGCACAGGGUACGUGGAUAUCGCCGAAGGUGACGAGAAAGGUCUGGAGAUCGCGGUGGCCACGAUCGGCCCGGUGGCCGUCGCGAUCUCGUGCCGCCAAACCCUCCAGUUCUACUCGGAGGGCGUCUACUUCGAUCCAGAGUGCGGAAACCAACUGAAAGACCUGAACCACGCUGUGCUGGUCGUGGGAUUCGGCACCGAACCCGACGGCAAAAAGUACUGGCUGGUCAAGAACUCCUACGGAGAAAAGUGGGGACAGGGCGGAUACGUCAAGAUGGCCAAGGACCAAAACAAUCAUUGCGGAAUAGCCAGUGCAGCCAGCUAUCCUCUUGUAUAA